AUGAAGAACCCAAAGAUCAUACCGUAUGCGCAAUAUAUACAGAAGUUGUGCAAGAGAUUUCGCAAGAUUGAAUUCAGGCACACUCCCAGGACACAAAAUGAGUUAAGCAAUGCUCUUGCCACCAUCACAUCAAUGAUCAAACAUCCAUAUACAAGUUAUAUUGACCUAGUGGAUAUAGAGGUAAAAGAGCAGUCUGUCCAUUAUUCACACGUUGAAGCGGAACCAGAUGGUUUGCCCUGGUAUUUUGACAUAAAAAAGUAUUUGGAGACCAAAACUUAUCCUAAGAAUGCAACGUUCAACCAAAAGAAGUUGAUACGCCGUAUGAACCUCAAUUUCUUUUCAAGUGGAGAAAUCCUUUAUAGGAGGACUCCAGAUUUAGGCCUUCUCAGAUGCAUUGAUGCUAUUGAGGCUGCGAAGCUUCUUGAACAGAUACAUGUCGGCGUUUGCGGUACUCAAAUAAAUGGGCUCACUUUGGCGAGAAAGAUCCUUCGAGCCGGCUAUUUUUGGAUGACUAUGGAACAUGAUUGUUGCAAGUUUGUCCAGAAAUGUCUUAAAUGUCAGGUGCAUGGAGAUCUGAUUUGA